AUAAAACCCACCCCCCCCCAAUCGUUGAUCUUUUGCAAUUUUUAUUUCUUCUUGAAUCAUCUUCCUAAAAGAUUCAUCAUCUUCAUCCUCGUUAUUCUCUCAGUUGUUGAUCGCCCCUCUUGUUCUUGUGGUUUUGGCGUACCUCAAUCGAACACCCAUGUUUUCCAGUGAAUUCUAUCACUCACCAGGCGACUCGUUCGUUCGUCACAGACAGCUGGGCGAUUCUAUCCCGCGAAGUUGGAGAGUACCAUCACCAGCCUCGGCACCUUUCGUCGUUGAUCUUACUCACUCUGAUGGUGGUUCGGUUCCGCUAAAGUCUGAGACAACCCCAUCGGAUACCGCACUUGCGUCUACUCUUCCAGGCUGGCUUCCUGGUUUACCGAGUCCUGCUUCGGUCUACAGCUCUCCUCGGAGCGAAAUAUCCAGCAUUAGUUCAGGAGAAGGACGGAGUCAUCUAUCGCCUCUUCCUCCGAAUCAGUACCUAGGCAGGGCGCCUUUUCCAUCCGAGUUCAUCUCUCGGGAUCUUGAACCAGCAGACUCACCUUCAAGACUGGCCCAAAGGAGUCCCUCGCAAGCCUUUUCACAAAUAUCACAGGCGUCAGAUUCUUCAUUAUUAUCUCAGUCGAUGCAUCCCGGAUCAGUAGCAUUUCUGACGACCAACAUGGCACACAACUCUCAGAAUUACGGCUGGCAAAACAGGCCACCCCAGCCUCUUCAUCCGACUUCAAUGCCUAUGGAUCAACAAUCAUAUCCCCAGGCACACACACUUCCACCCCAAUCUGGUUACCCAGCAGCAUAUCCACCUCAGCAUGCCACCUCACAGAGUUACUAUCAGCCAGGACUUCCGUCUACACAUUACCUCACCUCACAGCCGGGUGUGCCCCAGAGCCGACACCAGCCUCGAAGUUCUUCCAUUCCAUAUCCUUAUCCCAGCGCUUCCGUAUCUGGCAGCCCACCCACCAUGCCAGAUCCCUCUUUUACAUCAACGCCUCCUUCAUACCUAGUCAAUCAGCCAGAUUACUACCUAACGCCGAACUCUUCACUCUCGCAAACCCCCAACUCUAUUCCCCAACCACAUAACCUGAUGCCAUCAGGGACAGUGUAUUCCUCUCCCGAGUCCGCUCCCAGUUCCUCAGAUCCAGAUCAAGUUCGCGUUCUUAGUUUUCGGCCAAAACCUCAAUGUUGGGACCACGGAUGCAACGGGCGUGAAUUUUCUACCUUCAGCAACCUGCUCCGCCACCAACGAGAGAAGUCGGGAGUGGUUGCCAAAGCAGAGUGUCCCAUUUGUGGUGCUGUGUUCACACGCACCACGGCCAGAAACAUCCAUGUUGCUCAGGGGAAGUGCAAGGGGGUAGCAAGGGAGCCGUCUGCCGAAUAAACCCCCACACAGAAGCUAGCGUCAGGGGCCAUGGACAUGGCAUGAGCGUCUGGUACAUGGGCUAGGACA